GUCACGUGGCCGCGAGCUGACAGCGCGGCGCCUUUUGGCACGUGGCGCGGCCCGGAGCACGAGCGGGCCUGCUUUCCAUCCACAAACUCUACCACUGAAGCUGAUGGGAGCUGCAGGCAUUCAGCGCCUCUGAACAUCAGGUCACUUUUUGCUUGCUGGCAGACUUGUCUGAGGAUCUGACAGAGGCGAAGCACAGGGACUACCCAGAAGAACACAGGCAGAUCAGAAUCACGCCUCUCCUGCAGCAAUGGGUUGGCUGGAAGCAUCAAACUGGCAGCUUCACGUUUCCUUGAUCGUGCUACUCUCCAUACACAUGAAAGCCAAUGGUGAGAGUACGGUACCUGCUCCUACCCAGAAGCCACUGCGGUGUCGCUGUAAUCGCCACUGUAGAGCGGACUCAGUCAACAGCACCUGCAGGACUGAUAGCUACUGUUUCACCACAGUAGAAGAUGAAGAAUCUGGAGGAUGUACAAUUGCCUCAGGAUGCCUACGCUUCGAAGGCUUAGACAUCCAAUGCCGGGAUAUGCUGAUAAUACUUGAGAGAAGAACUCUUGCUAUUGCGUGCUGCAGAGACAAAGAUUUCUGCAAUGAAAAUCUUCACCCAACGCUGCCACCACUGAGAUAUAGAGAUUUUGUUGAAGGAAACGUUCGCCAUAGGGCCUUGCUGAUCUCAGUGACCGUUUGCAACAUACUCCUGGUACUUCUCGGCAUAUUCUGGUACUUCAGGCAUAAAAGGCAAGCAACCAGAACUCGUUACAGCAUUGGACUUGAACAGGAUGAGACUUACUUUCCUCCAGGAGAAACCCUGAAAGACUCAAUUGAACGGUCUCAGAGCAUAGGAAGUGGGUCUAGUCUCCCUCUGCUGGUCCAAAGGAAUAUAGCAAGGCAGAUUGAGAUGGUGAAACAGACAGGUAAAGGUCGCUAUGGAGAAGUUUGGAUGGGAAAGUGGCAUGGAGAAAAAGUAGCUGUAAAAGUGUUCUUCACCACUGAGGAGGCCAGCUGGUUGAGAGAGACCGAAAUCUACCAGACUGUCCUGUUGAGGCAUGAAAACAUUUUGGGGUUCAUUGCUGCGGACAUUAAAGAUACAGGGUCUUUGACUGAACUGUAUCUUAUCACAGACUACCAUGAGCAUGGCUCCCUGUAUGAUUAUCUGCAAUCCACUCCCUUGGAUCCAAAAGCCAUGCUAAAUCUGGCCUAUUCCUCUGCUAGCGGCUUGUGCCACUUGCACAUGGAGAUCUUCGGGACUCAAGUCAAGCCAGCUAUUGCCCACCGGGAUCUGAAAAGUAAGAACAUCCUAGUGAAAAAGGAUGGAACCUGCUGUAUAGCAGACCUGGGCUUGGCAGUUAAAUGGCUUAGUGAUAAAAAUGGGGUGGACGUACCACCUAAAACCCUGGUAGGAACAAAGCGCUAUAUGCCUCCUGAGGUGCUGGAUCAAAGCUUGAAUAGGAAUCACUUCCAGUCAUAUCUCAUGGCCGAUAUGUACAGUUUUGGACUCAUCCUUUGGGAGGUAGCAAUGAGAUGUGUGUCAGAAGGAAUAGUUGAAGAAUACCAGCUUCCAUACCAUGAUCUUGUGCCCACCGACCCUUCCUGCAAGGACAUGCAGGAGAUCGUGUGCAGCAAGAAGCUCCGUCCCUCAUUACCCAGUAGAUGGAGCAGUGACGAGUGCCUGAGACAAAUGGAAAAACUCAUGAGAGAGUGUUGGGCUCACAACCCUGCUUCUCGGCUCACAGCCCUGCAAGUAAAGAAAACACUUGCCAAAAUGUCAGAGUCACGGGACAUUACAAUCUGAUUCAACAAAAGACAUCUCUGGCGAAAGCCCAUACAAAACGACUUUCCCUUGUGGUCAGAGGACACGAAGAGAAAUCAGAAGCAUUCACUAAUAUGGAUCCUGAACACAGUCAUGCUUCAGAGCAACUGUAGAUUUAACUAACAUCUUUUGAGGGGAGGAGCCUUUGCAAAAUCAGCAGCCUUUGACACACAAGAUCAGAAAAGGCUCGUCUGCUCCCUGUUUGCCGGGGGAACUACCAUUUCAGUAACUGGUUCAAGAUUAUGCAUGUUGCUUUCUGUGAAAGCCCAUUAUUUUAAUUUUAUUUUAUUUGUGAUUGUUUAAAAGAAGACACUGUUUUAAAUUUUUAUGAAAAUGAAACUUAACGUGAGAAGUAAAGACCUAUAUUGUUACAUUAAAAAAUCAGAAGAAACUGUGCCUGAA